GUUGUAUGUGCAGAGGGCCAUGUAACCAAGACCCUGAAUUAUCUUGAGAUGAGCCCUUCAAGUGUCUUGAAGACUGGACCAUAUGGUAGCUCUUUCAAACCCCACUCACUCAGCCCUGGUCGGAUAUUUUCCAAUGAGCCAUCCAAAGCCAAGCUGGACCCUUUUGGUGGUGCACUGAGUCCAUGGGACUGGACCAAGAACCAGACAGCCAUGGAGCACUUCAAUCAGCGAGCCAAAAGGAAGCCCUCCAUGAAGGCAGGUCGUACCAAGAAGAUCUUUGGAUGGGGGGACUUUUAUUUCAACAUCAAGACCCUGAAGUUUAGCCUCCUUGUAACAGGCAAGAUUGUGGAUCACAUUAAUGGCACCUUCAGUGUCUAUUUCCGACACAACUCCUCCAGCCUGGGCAACGUCUCAGUGAGCAUUGUGCCACCCACCAAAGUUGUGGAAUUUGAUGUCUUGGUUCCCCCUAUCUCCACCCAACAUCUCCAUCCCCAGCAGUCCACCUUAGCUGAGCCGAAGGAAUCCAAGACCUUCAAUUGUCAUGUGGAGUAUGAGAAGACGAACCGGGCACGCAAGAAUAAGCCCUGCCUCUAUGAUCCAUCCAAAAUCUGUUUCACUGAGCAUACACAGAGCCAUGCAGCCUGGCUCUGUGCUAAACCAUUCAAGGUCAUCUGCAUUUUCAUCUCAUUCUUCAGCAUUGAUUACAAGCUGGUUCAGAAAGUCUGUCCAGACUAUAACUUCCAGAAUGAGAAUCCCUACUUUGGCUGA